AUGGCAUUAUCAAAGCGAAACGAAGUUCCGUUUGCUGAUUUAUCGAUCGUCGAAUUCAAAGAAGAGUUGGACAAGAGAUUCAGAUGCCCGACUUUGCUACGUUUGUUUUCAAACGAUUCUGGGGUUGUGGACGUGACUAAUGAUGAUUGCAAAAAUAGACCAUUCUCCCAGAAGAUUUACCGGCCUGAUACACGUGAUAGUUUCACAGUGCAAUAUGUGAAAAGACACGGGAAGGCCCACUACUAUAGAAAGCCCAACCCCCAUUGCCCCUUGGAUGGUGAGACAUUAUCAGAAGGGGCCUUCAGGGAUGUGUGCUGUCGCCGUGAAAUAGCAAGUUUGCUCUGUUACUGUUUAUACAAGAAAUAUGGCUGUAAAUCAGAACAGGAGCUAAUGUAUCUAAAGGAACAUUUAUCAAAGUGUGAAUUCCGAGAGGUCAAAUGUACUAAUCCUGGCUGUGAAGAAAUGGUACCUAAGAACAAACUAGAGCACCAUAAAAAUGAGACAUGCAGAUUCAAACCAUCACGAUGCCAACAUUGCGGACAACUUGUGCCGGAAGUACACAUGGAGUCACAUUUGCACACAUGCGACAAAUUCCCCAUGACCUGUGAACGCUGUGGCACCAGCAACAUUGCUCGAGAAGAUAUGCAACACCACCUUGAAAGGGAAUGUUCUGAAUCWGAAAAACCAUGUAAAUUCUAUUAYGCUGGGUGCCCAUUUAAGGAUGAUGUCAUCUACAUUAAGAUCAUCGUGGAUACAACAGGUCUUGCCUCUUUGGGUUUUCAGUAAAAUGGAAUGAAUGAGCUUAAUUCUCGUUCAAAGUGAAUGGUUGCUGUUUCAUUUGAAAACAGACUGUCAGUUAGCAAAGACCCUUAAGGCUGAUUUACACGGCACGAUUGUCUCGUGCGAUUUGUAGUAUACGACUUGAAUCGCGCAGUGUAAAUGGCCCUAUGACUUGUCUACAACAGUCGUACCAAACCUACGACUAAAAACCAUGGCUAAAAAUCCUACGAUUUGUAGUAGGAAAAUCGUAUACUACAAGUCGUAGGCGACAAUCGUACCGUGUAAAUCAGCCUUAACACGUUUAUAUUUUCACCGAUUUGACUAACCUUGAAAACGUAAAGAACCAUCUGCACCCAAAAACCUUUGCGGUCGUUUUGUUUUACAAAUGAUGUCUUGCUGAACGUUCCAUUUUGAUUGGUUCAAAACCAGAGAUGGCGAAAAUUCUUAUGUGAGGAAAUCGCAUAAAGGUUGUCGGGUGCAAGUCGAUCUUUUAGUUUACAGGCUAUAAGCCUCAAUCGGGGAAUUGUCAAGUCUCUAGGGUAUUGUAAUGGCAACAUUAACAUGCAUUACUUGAAGGUCUUUGAACAAGGGUCUGUUGUCAAACGAGACAGGUGUUAUUCACUUUGAACGGGAAAAAUGCUCAUUGACUAUUUACUGGAAACCCAAAGGUACAUAUGCCAAACACAUCCRCAUGAAGCUGGCCAAGUGUUGAGUCGUGCGAGGUGGUCAUCCASCGGUAGAUGGUCGCUGAUUAUCACGGUAUUCCAACAGACACUUGUUCUUUUYAGGUUAUUUUCCAAGCUUUUUGUGUUCUAAAUGUGUUGACUCRAUCUUCAUUCGUUUCGGUUUAAUACGUCUUAUUUGUUCUGUUUUACCAGCCAGGUAUAUUAUCACUGUUAUCAAUUAUAGCAGUGAUGUGGAAAGUUUUUMUAUCGGGGUAUUGUUCAUUUCCUUCUUAUGCCCUGUUUCUCGGUUUUGGGGGAAAAAUUGAGCCAAAGAUUCCCUAGACACUAUUAUUCUGGCCUGAUAGGUUUUUUCCGGAAAACCAUUUACUAGAAAAAUGGCAAUGGCAGGAUAUAAAAAAUACCUAUGGUGACAAAAAGGAGAACUUAUUUCCCUGUGGGUGGAGACCCACUAUUAAACCAUUAUGAUAUAGUAUGAUGUCAGGGUUUGAUAAUGGUGCUGAUGUUAAUUAGGGCCGCGCUCCCUUAGAGAUCCAUUAUAUAGACAAUUGCACAAAUUCUUCGCGAUUUAUGUGUGUUCGCCAUUCAAUGGUCAAGCGCUAYAGACAAACAAACAAACAACAAAAUAAGUACCACUAUUAAAUACCCUGUCGGAAUCGAAGAUCCAGAUUGUUACAUAAGUGUGGAGAGGGUAAAAAUUUCGAGRAAAAAAAUUGUUAUAGGACCGGGAAAAUUUCUUUCAGAUAAAUGUCAUAAAUUUCUACUUUAGAUGUUUUUCAGAACGUUUCUCACUCAGGAUUUUAUGUUUUCUCUUUGUUAAUAACGUUAUUGCAUUCAGUAUUUUCCGUAUUUUAAAACUCUAAAAAGGAUGGUGGCUAGCCACCAUAAUCAUCUCUGGAUCUGCCCUUGAGUGGAGUGGAGUGGAGUCAUUCACUAAGAGAGCUCAUUUAGACCAGCUUUUGUAUGGUUUGUGUUCCAUACCUAUCUUCAUCAUCUAACCAUUUGCUGGUGGAGUAACGAGGGACGCCUUGUUUCCCAACAAGCUGUGACAUAAUACACACUGUCCAUAGACCGCUGGAGUAGCUCCGUUAGGCUACUCUGAAAAAGUAGCUAUCGGAGUAAUAAGGGACACUAGUAAAGUGAUGUAUUUACUAAAUCGAAGCUGCAUGAGACCUUAAAGAUUUGGUGUACUCAGAAUUUGAAGCUAAAACAUGCAGAGCUUAUUAAGCUUUUUGAAUCAGGAACUGUCCACGCGAGUGCUGACCAGAUACCUUUGUACUCGGAAUUACCUUAUCCAUAUAGAUAGAAAAAUAUGCGCGUUGACACAUAGCGUAUACGAAUGGUAUGCGACUAUCCUCAUGAAUUCGCCCUGUUGAAUCGGGGUAGUAUUUACGAAAGUACCGUAUUGAUACCAAGAGACAUAUCAUAUGCCGAUACAAAAUCUACGGAAUCGUGUGGACGGGUCCUUACACAACGAGUGUAAAAACAUCCUCGGAACCCAUGGUUUCCGAGGAUGGUGUAAAUACUUAUAAGAUUGAAAUCGUAAAAAAAAUCAAAUAGAUUCGCUAAAAGAAUACGUGAAAAAUGUCAGUUCUAAGUGUGGGUUAUAGACCGUAGAUGUAUGGCUAAUAGCACCAUUUUUAUAUAUAUGUAGUUGAGUUAAAAUUACUGUAAUACUUAUCAUAUUCAAUUUUAAAAUUAUCAUAAUACAGUGCGUACCAUCUUCCUAGACCGAAAUACAUUGUUAGAUCCCACGUAAUUCGGUUGUUUCAUCGAUGAUACAGAGCUGGCAUCGUUGAAUCAGUGUGAAUCCCCGUUUAGAGCGGUGCAGUCAGCGGUGAUGACUACCAACAAUGCAUUUCGGUAUAAGAAUACAAGAAGUGACCGUCACUAUCGGCCUCAAUAGAAAUUCGAAUACCGGUUCAUUUAAGAACAACACAAAAUAGAUUUAAAUGAUAUUUAUAAAGUGAUUGUAAUGUCAAUACUCGAUGCUUUUUUUAAAUAAUAGCAGUAUACAGCUGAUAACCUAAUUUUCAGACGGGCCUGGUCCCAACUCCGUCUGAUAAACAUCGCUUCAGUGUUUUCUAUGCCUUCUUUUAAAUCAAGAGGUGUAUGUCGAAUGCAUCCAAAAACAUAACAAACAAAUCAAAAAAAUUUGAUUCGCCAAUGGAUAUGGCGUUUUUAUUGGCAAAACGAUAGUAGUGACAUCAAGAACACGGUACUAGGAGGUGAUGUCCAACCGACGGAGUUAGUGUUUGACCAAGGUUCGUCUCAAAAUCAGUACAGCAUAUCCCAGUGUUAUUAAGCUCAACUUUCCAAGGUUUAUUAUUUCUAUCUGAUGUAACAUGAUUAGACAAUGCUAAGAUCUGUUUGGAUAAAUGAAUUUAUUAUAACUAAUAGGUCAGGUGUAUUCAAAUAGCCCUGGUUCCAGUAGUCCAGUAGUUGUGCACUGUGAUAUUAAAAGUCACGAACUAGAUAUAUUAGUAAUCAAACAUACGACUUGAGGCAGUAAAGGCCGAAGUUGACAAAAAAAUGUAUAAUUACUGAAAUUUGUCGUUUAGAAAAUAUGCAUAUUUAUAAUAUUAAUUAGCCGCAUUAUAAAAGGCCGAUUGUAAAUUAUGUAUCUUAUUUUGACAGCACUAAUGUUCUUUACUAAUAAAUAUAUUUUAACGGUAAAA